UUUUCUUUUUUUGUUACUUUACAUCUCUUUUUCUUUUUUUUUUAUUAUAAUUCUCAAUAUGGCAUUUGUACACUCUAAACCUCUUUCCGACCUUCAUAGCAACAGCAGUAGAAAUACAAUCACAUCUACCAUGACGAGAGAAGACUUGAUGGCUCUUGCUCAAAAUGAGUACGCACGACAAUUAUGCAAAUUUACGGAGGCACAGCUAAAGAGAAAUGUACCUUGUUACACCGAACAGCAGAAAUUGGGCAUGGCUACGCUUUCCUCUGUUAAAGCUGCUCAACAUUAAAACAUAUAUACAUAUAUAUCUGUCACUCUAUAGAUAUAUAAACAAACACUCUGUAAAUAGUCCUUUUUUUCUUUAUCAAACCUGUAUCAAAAAAAAAAUUAUCUAAAUUCUCGAACUAUGAUAUUUUUGAUCUAAUAUUACCCUCUUGUUGCACACACGCACACGCACACGCACACACACACACUCACACAUUUUCACAUUUUCACGUUCACAUUACUAAAUAAACCCUGUGUACUGCUCACGCUUACACAUAACUUUUUUCUUUC